GUUUGCUUUUCACAUUAUAAAAUAUGAUCAGAGGGUAGCUGAAUUUAUCCAAGAGCUUUCAGUUAGUGGGAGCAAUUGUUAGCCUUCAAGCCCUCAAGAAAGCUGCUGCCCAUGGGGAGAAGCACUUCUUCCACUGAGAAGCUAACUGCCAUUGUUUUGGGACUCCUCGCAGUACUGUCGCCGCUAUACAUCGAUCGAAAACCGGUGGUUGAUCCUGACGACGAUGAGGACCGGAGUUGGAGCCUCGCUUUCUCGCUUCCCCUGCUGCUUAUAAUACUAAUUGUUGCCAUCAAUUUCUCGUGCUUUCUCGACCGGAGGUUCGCGAGGUUCGACCCUUACUGGAUACACAGAGUGGGGGGAUCUUCAUGUGGGAUCAUAGCUUGUCUCCUGUUGCUUGGGCUGGUGCUUAAGUGUAAGACUUCACUUAUUAGCUAAGAGUGGUUUGUUCUAAUUGGACGGUUUUGUUCUAGUGAAGCAUGUUUGUGAAGAUGUGAAGAUGGUGAGCAGUUUGUUUCUUUCUUGAUCUUUGUGAUAUGCUUUUGCAGUUGUAAUAGCUAUCUAUCUCUGCCUCACUACUGAAGUUAUAAACAUUUUUGUUUCCAAAUA